CUUGUGUAUACAGCAAAUAACACGAUGCGCCAAGGGCGGAGAUACAGAGCGCUAUAAAGCCGGAGGUGUGCAAUCAUAACCAGCCAAUCAUGACACCAAAUGUAUACAUUCCGAGUACGCGUCGAACUGGGCGCCUAGAACAGAGUGCAUAAUAACGGAACAGGUGGAAGGCGCAGCUGUAUAUUCUAAUGUAACUUUGUGUAGAUAUGAUCUGCGCUGUAGAGCAGGCACCUGUAUUUCAUUGCAUAAAGGUCGCAAGUAGGACUGCUAAUAGAUAUCUUCAUACACUCGUAUAUAACAAAAAACUUCAGUCAUGUUCAUGCAAUACUCUGUAUUUCUGGCUUCCAGCGUCCUCUCGGUAUCCGCAAUUGGCAUCAUCGCUGAACUUGGAAGUAGACUUUCUCCGGCUGCUAUCAUCACAGCAAACAUAUCUACAGCGCCAAGAUGGAGUGACUAUCACGCACCACAAGCGGGAUAUGUUGUUCAUGUAGCUGAGGAUUCAGACGUUGCUGAGACAGUGAAAUACUGCAACCAGCACAACAGAACGUUUCUCGCCCAAUCAGGCGGCCAUGGCUGGGCGAACACUUUUUCAAUGAGUGGAAAAGAUGUUAUCAUCAACAUGCGAGGACUCAACUCAAUGAAACUCAAUGAGAACAAGACAGAAAUUCGAAUCGGUGGCGGAGUACUAAACGAGGAGCUUAUUCAAAUCGCCUAUGACAACGGACUUCAAGUGUUGAAUGGAGGAUGUAACUGUGUUGGAGUGAUGGGGGCGACCCUCGGUGGCGGAGUAAGCCGCAACAUGAACCUCUACGGUCUUCCCGCGGAUAACCUGGUCUCCGCACGUGUAGUAACAUCCGAUGGGUCUAUAGUCGUAGCCUCAUCUACAGAGAACGAGGACCUACUAUGGGCUUUGAGGGGAGCUGGGGCCAACUUUGGCAUCGUUAUAUCUGCAGUUAUGAAUGCGUACACGGCAAAAAAUAAUGGGACUGUUUGGGCCGGUACACUGACUUUCACGGGGAACAAGCUCGAGGGAUUCAUUGCAGCCAUGGGGGCCUUGAUCAUGACUGAAGACAUGACAGUUCACUGGGGGUUUAGUCACGCUCUACCGGAGAAUCAGCCAGCAAUCACGGCGGAAGUCUUUUUCAUGCGUGCCGACGUCGAAGCGGCAAGAACAGCAUGUCAGACGCUAUACGCGCUGCAUCCCGAAAACGAUACAACCGGCAUUCUGGAAUACAAUCAUCUCAAUGACGAUACCAUCGGACUUUGCGAGGAUGGUGGUCGUAAGCCUGCAUGGCACGUUGGUCUAAAGACCCUAGAUUAUCCAGCAUUUCAGCAGAUUUGGGAUCAUUGGGUGGCGUUCGUUGAGGAAACUGGUGUUGACACAACCAUUCUAGUCGAAACAUACUCUGGAUAUGCUACGCAGCAAGCCUCGAGAGAGUCCGCGUCAUACGCACACCGCGAUAUCAACUUCUAUGCAUGGUCGCUGUCAUUUUGGGAGGACGAGACGCUUGAUGACGUGGUUGAAGAGUACGGCAGGGAAGUGAGGAGUCUUUGGAGAGCGAGCAGUGGAUUUGAGCAAUCCAGAGCUUAUCUGAAUUUCGCCCACGGCGAUGAGCCACUGGAGGAAAUCUAUGGCGAGAGCCUACCUCAUCUCCGAGAACUGAAGAGCAAAUGGGACCCUGAAGCCAAAUUCAACCAGUUUUUCCCCAUAUCCUGA